UGCUGCCGAGUGUCGUGCCGUCAUCGCCGCGCCGCCGAGCUGAUGAGUGGCGGGUAUUAUGCCGGCGCACCGGAGUCGCUCUCCACGUGCCGCGAGCUCGCCGCCCGCCGCCCUCGCUGCCGGAAACUUACUCGUCUACAACACUGUCGUCUCUAGCUCGUACAACGUAACGCACGCGAUCACACGUCUCACGUCUACCGGAAUGUAAAUAUUUAUGGAUGUCAGUUUUCAGUUGUUUAGAUUGGCUGUGAAUUUUAAGUGAGAGUAAGAGUGGCGGCGACCGGCUGGCGACGCCUCGGAUGUCGCUACUUGGCAAGCCGCUCAGCUACCGCGCUACGCGACGCGACGCGCGCUACCGCCGCCUUCAGUCCAAGUUUUACAAUUUUCUUGAACGACCAAGAGGGUUUAAGGCUGUCUUCUAUCACAUUAUCGUGUUCCUGAUGGUGUUCAUGUGCUUAUUGCUGUCGGUAUUUUCCACGAUCGAAGAAUACGAAGCAAAGGCUGGAAUUGUGUUGUUCUACAUGGAAACUGUGGUAGUCAUCUGGUUUGCAAUUGAGUUCUUUCUGAGGUUAUGGUCAUCAGGAUGCAGGUCACGGUAUCAAGGCUCAAUAGGGCGCCUCAAAUUUUUGCGGCGCCCCUUCUGUAUUAUAGAUGUGACGACAAUACUGGCCUCGCUGGUGGUGUUGGGGAUGGGUUCGUCGGGACAGGUAUUCGCGGCGUCGGCACUACGAGGGCUGCGCUUCUUCCAGAUAUUGCGCAUGGUGCGGAUGGACCGACGCGGCGGCACCUGGAAAUUACUAGGUUCAGUUGUUUACGCGCACAGACAGGAAUUAAUCACAACGCUGUAUAUAGGUUUCCUUGGAUUAAUUUUCGCAUCGUUUCUAGUGUACUUAGCUGAAAAAGACGUCGCAGAUACAAAAUUUAAAAAUUUCGCGGAAGCAUUGUGGUGGGGAGUGAUCACGCUGUGCACCGUGGGAUAUGGCGACAUGGUGCCGCAGACGUGGCAGGGCAAAAUCAUUGCCUCAUUCUGCGCUCUUCUUGGCAUAUCAUUCUUCGCACUUCCCGCGGGUAUAUUGGGCUCUGGGUUUGCUCUGAAAGUGCAGCAACAGCAGCGUCAGAAGCAUAUGAUUCGGCGGCGUCAACCGGCCGCCACUUUAAUCCAAGCUCUGUGGAGGUGUUACGCCGCGGAUGAGCAUUCGAUGAGUGUGGCAACUUGGAAGAUACAUCAAAUUCCGCUUCCCAGUCCGCAAAGCAGCCGCGUGAUGAGUGCAUCCUUCAAGAACAAUGCAUCCUUUGUGUCAAGACUGCCAACGAUCCGGCGACACAAAAGCACCUCCUUGCAUUCUCCUGCACCACACACGAAGCCAGCUCACAGAUAUGAUGUGAAUGCCAGUGCAGAAAACCUCGAUGAGGAUGAAGAGCCUCGCUGUGUAACACUGACGCCGCGUCACAAAGCAGCCAUCCGAUUCAUCAGAAAGCUCAAGUAUUUUGUCGCACGCAAGAGAUUUAGAGAAGCUUUGAAACCUUACGACGUGAAAGACGUGAUAGAACAAUACUCUUCGGGGCACGCUGAUCUGCUAAAUCGAACCAAGAAUUUACAGUACAGAUUAGAUCAAAUACUUGGCAAACAAGGAUCGAAGGCUAAAGAUGUCUACGCGUCCAAAAUUAGCCUAGCUUCCAGAGUAGUUAAGAUUGAAAGACAAGUAGAUGACAUAGAAAGUAAAUUGGAUCAUUUAUUAGAAAUGUAUGAAGAAGACAGACGAGCCGCAAGGAGGAUAGCUAGUGGUAGCAAUGGCGGCGAAAGUGGGGCGCCGCCUGAGUCGGCGCUGUCAGUGCGGAUACGACCAGCGCUGACGGAGAAGCAGUGUUCCGAGCCGAACUCUCCCGUGUCGCGGACGUUUGAGCAGCCAGCUCAGGUGCCCGCCGCUGCGCCGCCUCUCAAAAGACCUAUGAAUAGGGGCUACUCCGACUUAGGAACUAGAUUUAUGCGAAAAAAAGUUAUAGUAAAAACAUCAUCAAGUCGCAACGGUGAUUCCCCUAGAGACGACGAAGUAGUGAUCGUAGUUCCGAGCAACCGGGAGGACACGCCGCCCCGCCUCGUCACAGACAGCUCAGAAGUGUGCGCGAGUUGCUCUGUUGAGAUAGAAACAGAGGCAGAAGCAGGCGGGUCGCACUCCGGCAGCUCGGGCUCCGCGUCGUGGUGUGAGGGCGACGCGACCGAGGAGCGCGGCUACGGGUCUGGCGACUCGCUUGCCGAGGACACCGCGCUGCUGGGCGACGUCGCGCAGCCGCUGCACUCCAUGCAACAGCCGCGCGUCGCGCGCAUCCAACGCCGGGACGUUGCUGUCGACCUACACUUAUUGCAUCCUGACGUCUGAACGUGUGGUUCUCUAUCCAUUGCUUUAUCGCAGUUACACAUUGGCCGAAUUUAUAGCACGUAAUAUUAACUGGGUUGCAUACUCCUUUCGACCAGCGCGAAGAACAAAGGGGAAUGCAAAACGACUGUAUCGGCGGUUAUAAGUACCUAAAGGUGCUCACCACUGUCUGGUGAUAUGAUCCGCACAAUAAUGCAGUAUGGUAAGUGGUAAUACUGGGUCACGGCGCUGUCCUUAUUACCUUCUCAAAAUAUCUUAAUACAUAGGUGCUUAAUUAUGCUAAAAAGAGCAAUGAUAGUCUAGUGUGGUUAAGUAGAUAUGAGGUUGCAGUAAACUUACGCGACUACAAUAAACAAUACAACGAGUAGGAAUUGUGUAGCAUUAAAAUGAUCCCUUCCUCUCGUUUACUUAUAAAGACUAAAUAAUAUAUAAACGCGUAAGUAAGUACCUAAUACAUAUACAGGGUCUAACACAACCGAUGGACCAGCCGAAGCAAAUCUAUAAAGUACCUCAAUAUUUAUCCAUUUAAUCCGAACCUAAUAUUACGUAUUUAUGUUGUUAUUUAUAAUAUAAUUAUAUAAUAAGUCAAAUUAAUCUAGUCUAAUCAAAGUCUAGUAGUUAGGUUAUUAAGUUUCGUAUCUACAACGACGGUUCUUUCCGAGAACAUAAUUGAAACUAGGAUUUUCGAACAAUUGUAUUGUUGCAAUCAGGGCUUUAUGAAAUUGGUACUUAAAACAAUGUACAUAUUUGACAUUAGAGAAUUAACAUUGGAUAUUUAAUCCAGCUAGGCACUUGACACCGUGUUAAAAAUUAUAUUAAAAUGGAUAUGGUAUAUAUUAUUGAAAAUUAUGAAUCAGUAAGAAUAAUCUGAUGUACAAAAAGUUUUCGAAUAUGAUUUAACAUAGAUAUUAUAUACCUAUAACACGGAACACCCGCAUCAACAUCUAUUCUACAGUCACAAAUGUUAUUGAGAACCAAAAGAAAUCACCGAUCUUGGAAGGUGUUAAUUUUCUUAAUAGCCUCUUCGUACGGAGUAAGCUUUAAAGCUCGCAUUUAUUAUAAUAAGUAUGGAUAUUCCAUUGGGUUUUUUAAUUUGCUUAUCGUCAUAUCUUUCUGUAUUAUAAAUUACUUUACGCAAAGAAUUUCUGGAAAUUAAGAAACUUUGAAAAGCGAGAAACAAGUUUAAUUUUAUUAAAAAUGCAGUAUUGUAGGAUAAUUAUACUGUACAUAAACCUAUGCGAAGUUAAUUAUCGACCUCAUUUGGAACGAAUCACUAAAUUGAAAGAAGGCCACCUUUAUAAAUGGUACCGAUUAUUACCUUUUCGCAUAUUCUCCAUUUCGUUUAGCAAACUAUAAUUUUAACAUAAUGCUUUGCUGUAAUUCUAGACAAUUUAAUCGAUGAAUGCUUUGGUUACUAUACAUUACGAACAACUUUUCAUUAGUGAUUCGAUUAUUAUAUUAUAUUCGAAGUCUUUUAAGGUACUUACAACAAUUAUUAUGCUUGUUUUAUAGGUAUUUCAAUAAAAGUAUUAAUAAUCUAAAUAAAUAUGUUUUAAAAACGGUGACAAUUUAAAAUUUAUAUUUAAACUAACAACCAAUUAUGUAUCUAAUUUUAAAUGAUUUCAUUAGUCAGGAUCCACAAUCCUAUAAAAAGGCGUUAUAACAUCGGUGAUGAUUUGGUUAAAAUUCAGUCGUUUUUGAGCAAAACUUGGAUCUAGAGGUAAAUAAUAAAAUAAUACAUACAAAUUACUAUGGCGAAAGUACAAAAUGAACAAGUCUUCUUACGACUGACGGAGUCAACACGAAGAACCAAAACUGUACACUUAAUAAUUGGAAAAGGAGAGCAAAAAGUGCGCGCUAUGUUAGUCGAAAUGACAAAUAUUAGGCUUCUAGGGUUAAAGAUUAAAUUCUUCAUUAAAACGAUAAAUAUCUUUAAAUAGUUUAUAGUAUAAUUUCCGUGAAAAGGUUCAUGUAAUGUACGUUUUCAUGGAAGAUGUACACAAAAGGAUAUGUGCAGAGCUCUUUUAAGUUCUGAAAAGAUGGGUGGAUUUUGGAAUAAGUACCUCUACCAACCUGCUUCCCUUAGUCCACCAGUUGUGAUUUAAAACACAAGCCCUAUAUAUGUAUUGAAUACAAAAUACCUUUUAGAAACUAUUGUUAAUACGCUUAAAUAAAAUUCACUACCUAUUGCUUUGAAAGUAGGAUAUAAAUUAUUAUAAAAAUAGAUCCUUUUUAAAUAAUAUAAAUCGUAUUUAUUAUUAUAAAUUGUAAAUAUUUUAGACAUAAGUUUUAAAUUAUUGUUUAGUUGUAAGAAAUUAUUAUAAGCAUCGAACCAAAACCGAAAGUCAUUAUUAUGUACUUCGAUAUACAAGAUAGAUUACUUACUUUGUUUAUGUAAUAAUAAUACUAGCCCUGUAUUAUACUGCUUGGCAACUAAGAGGGUUUAGAUGUUAGUCCAUCACGCUGGCCUAUUUGUUAUCAUAGCAAUACUUUUCUUUCAUAAAAAUAUUGUUAUGUGAGCUUAAAAGACUUUUGUUAAAAAAUUUAAAGAUUUAAAAUGAAUACCAAAUAUCUUUUUGUUCCUUACAAAUAUAUAAUGAGAGGACCAAGUAGCUAGCCUGAUGGCAGCGGCACGUUGGCCUAUAUUAACAUAGGAGCUUCACUCUUUGAAUUAUAAAAAAAUAAGAGAACCAUUUGCGCUCUACAACCUGUGACAUAAUAUAAAUUAAACCUCAAAUAGAAUAAUAAUUAUAUUGACUUUUCAUAAUUUAAAACGAAAAAUUGUAGUGCCUGCGAAAUACUACUUAGUAUCACAAACAGUAUAUAGAUGUUCAAUUCACUCGCGACUUACGCCUACAAUAGCCCUGCCUACUAAAUUAAUUAUCCAUUACACGUGAGUGGUCUGGGUUUGGACGCAUAUUUAAUUUGACUGCCAAUAUCAUCCGAUAUGAAAAUGUCAAGAUUAAUGAUCUGUGGAUAAGCUAGUUAUCCUUCAGGGUUAAAUACGUGAGCUUAUAUGGCAUGUAAGAACAUUAACACUGCUUCCAUUAAGAUAGCCUGUACUCAGAGCUUCGGUUGGCACUACGAAUUACUUGUGUCAAUAAGCGGCCUACUUAUUUUACAUUGAUUGGAAUGUUUGUUGUUUAUGUUGUAAUACUGAAAUAAUGACUCAAAGUUAUCGCACGUAACAAAUAUUUCGGUAAUUAUUAUUUAACUAUAACCUAUUUAUAGGUGUCAUAAUAUUAAAUACUUAAAAUGUGUUUGGAUAAUCAAUAAUUACCUACUAUACUGCAUGAUAGAGUGUGGCAUUCUAUGAACACGACCGUCGAUAAUUAUUACUUUAUUAUAAAUAGGAAGUAGGUAAUUCUUGAUUUACUUAUUCACAUAUUAGUUAGUUCAGUGGCGUAGCUAAAUACGGUAUAUCUUACUUAUAUUAUACUAUAAUAUAAGUAAGAUAUAAGUAUCUUCUAUAAUAGACAAACAUUGCCUUAAUUCAGACAUUGAUUCCAAAUAAGUUUCCGAUCUGAUGGCAUUCAUAAUAAUUAACAGUAGUGGCAGUAGUCAUGGGGUGACGCUAAUGAAAUAUUACAAAGGUGACACCUAUAAAUUCUACGCUGCAGGUAUCAGCUGUUACUAGCAACGCCACUGUUUGAGAUUAUUAGCAGAUUUUUUUUAAAUGCAGGAUGUUUGGUUGAACAAUGGAACAUGGACAUUGAUGUGCGGUUUUCUACGUUUACCUUGUCACGAACAAACUACUUUUUGCAAUGUCAAUUGCAACACGACAAAACUGUAUGUAUUUCUUCUACAUAUUUUAAGAAUGAUAAUUACAUUAAGAAUCGGUUGCAAUAAGCACGCUUAUCGCUUUCGUUCUCUUAAAGUGUUUAUUGUUUGCGUAUCAGUUUUCUAUAUUUUGAUAAAGAUAUUUGUUUGCAUACAAGUACAUUUAUGUCCAUCCUAAGUAAAUAGCUUAUAUAAACUAAGAACAUACAAUGUAAUAACAUGCUAGUCCAUUGUUCAACCCACCACUCCAUUUAUUGUUAUUGCUAUAACAUAUUUUUAAUGAAGAUUAGGGAAUCACUACGAACAAUUUACCUGAAUAUUGUUUAAAAAAAUACAUAGGUACAAUAGGUGCUAAAAUAAUUAUAAUAGGUACAAGAUAUUGCCCUGGGGGGACCAAACAUACAAUUUUUUUUUCGCAUAUUAAUUGGUUUAAAUUAGGUACUUACAUGUUACAUAAUAAUAUAAUAAUAUGAUCAAGGCAUAUUUUUAAGUCCCAAAAUAAGAAGAUAUACUACUAUACUAGUAAUUUACCUUAAACGUCAUCUGUUGUUUCAAAGUAGAUAUUUGUAAUCGCACGAAUUAUAAUUUAUAUAAUUAUAAUUUAUAUAAUAAUUUUACCGUCAUUAUCCAAUUUGUUAAAGCGUACCCAAUUCUUGAUAAUUGUGUUAUAGAGUAUUCUUACCUCGUAAUAUCAAAAGUUAAUAAAUUGAAAGUUUAAUAAUUUUUGACUUACUCAACAAUAAAAUGCAAAGUCCGGUGGAAUCGUUAUAACUUCAAGAAAUGUAUAAAUUUAUGAACGUCGAUCAACAUAAUUAUAAUUAUUAAAUGAUAAUCUUGUCAAAUUCAUAAAGUAAUUUACAAUACGUUUUAAUGACUACUUACAAAUAGCUAGAAACGAAGGGGGCAAAGAUUUACCCUCUUAUUUAAGUAUAAACAGUUUUUUUAAGUCAUUUUAAUUUAUUUUUAUGAGCCAUUGCGCCGGUUAACGACUUAUUAAUUUAAUUGUUAACUUUAGACACUUCAAAACAUAAGUAUAUUUGCGACCAUACAGAUUGGUCCUAAAUAUAGUCUUACUGUGAAAUAAAAUCUAAAACUUCGCACUUCCAUUCAUAAAUUAUGAAAAAAUAGUGGAAAAGUGCAAUAAUAGCCAAAAUUAGAUAACGAUCACUUAUUUCAGUUGAUGACCACCGGUGAACACACCGGUGGUCAUAGUUAUAGAAUUAUUUUUUUAUUUAAAUGAAAUGGAAUUAAUUAUCGCAUAAUAAUUAAUACAAAUAGUAAAUUAGUCACCUGAUAAGUAAUACAUUUUUUUUAUUAAAUUUGUUAGGGAUCUUAUGGUAUAAUCUUUUUUCGUUCUUAGUCUUGUUAGUUUAUAUCGCAAACUGCCAUUAAUUGUACUUCAUGAACAAAUACUUGCAUAAUUAAAGUAACUACACCUCAUAUAACAUAACAACUUAUAAUAAGAAAUAUUUUUUUUUUUUAAUUUUUAAUAAGUUAACUUUUUAUUUUUAAGACUUUUUUGUUUACACCUCUUAGUUAACAUGUAAAUUGGGCGCCUUUUUUAUUUUAGAUUAAGCGGUUGGUAUAAAAUUUAGUAAAAUAUACUUAAUAUUCGUCAACUACUUAUUUAAAUAUUUAUGGAGGACUCUUUAUAUGUAUGUAUAAAGUUAUCUCUAAUGAAUGAAAUCCAUUCAGGCAAGUGGUCGCAAAAUCGGCGUAAUGACUCUACCAAGGUAUUUUUAUUUUGAAUUUGUAUCCUACUGCAGAAAGAGGGUAAUGCUUUAGUAAAAAAUCAAAUUUAUGACACGUUUAUUAAUAAGAUGGAAUAUUAUUAUUUAUUACCUACUUUAACAAAACGUAGGUAAGGUACCUUGUGUGCUGUACAAUGUACUUUAAAAGUACAUAGUAUUCCUUAGUAAUAUUAUUAUUAUGUUUGUGACAUUCCUCGAUCUUCUUAAGUUCUUCAAUUUUAUAGCUAGAUUCCUCAUAACAUUAUUAUAGUGCAUACGGAAUUUGUACUACAACUGUACAAUAAUUAAUGUGUCUAAACUCUAAACACAAGAAAAAAGAUGUUAUAAAAGUUACUUAGGUAAAUAAUCUUUAAGAAUUAAUUAAAAGUUUUCAAGUAACCCACACGUAAAUGUUAAAAAAUGACACAAUCCAUUAUUUUGUUCAAUUGUAGAAUCUUCAAUAAUAAAAAUUUGAACAGAAUGAAAGCAGGGUAAAUAUUUGCCUGGAAUCUAAUAACUUAAUGUCUAUAUAAGGUUUUUCAUAUUGGUAUGUUAUUUAAUAAUAAAUUAUUGUAAAACAUUUCAUCAAGCUAAAAAGCCACGAUAACGGUAAUUAGACGUAAUUUUGUGUAUCGAGUUUAAUGACAAUUUUAAAUACAUUAAUCUGUUUAUUAAAUUUUACAUACAAUGGGACCUACUAUUGCCUACUGUUAUAGACAUACGCUUAUGUAUUUCAUACCUACUUACCUAAGUCAAUUGAGUAAAAUAUAUAAUACUUUAUAAUUAUAAGUUUUACCUUUACAUGGUGUGUUGAUAAGGCAAAUGGUGUGUGCAUACCAACAACUUAUUUAUUAUCAUGGUAAUUCGACAUCGUUUAGCAUUUGUAUAUAUUAUGCAAAAUCAUCACAAUCAUUCGGGAAAUAUUCAUUAAUAAUUUAAUAUUAAAUUGAAACUUCAAAAUAUAAUAAGUACCUAUUAUGCAUAGGUAUCUUUUAUUAAAUAUGUUAUGGACCAAAUGGUUUAUGAGCAUUUUUCAUAAUGCCCAAGUAGUAUAAAGAUUCCUAGUUUAUGGGGGCAAUAAAUAUGAUAAUAACUAGGUAUUGAAUUAUGCGUUGAAGUUCGUAUACAAGGCGUUAUGAAUAAUGUACCUGCCUAUAGGAAUGCACUUAUGGGCACAAUAAUGAAUAACUUGUUUUAAUAAAUAGAUAGGUACCCUCUAAUUAAUCAUAUCGCCCUAGAGAUUCAAACAUCAAGAUAGAACAAAUAUACAUAUAAUAUCUGUUUACGAUCCCCUUAAUGAUGUAUAAUGAGUACUAAGAUAAAAAAUUGAUGUUUCGUUUUUCAUUGAAUCUAUGAAUGACCAUUACAAUCAGUUAAUUUACAAUGAAGGAAUUACGUUAUUACUAUAGAUAUAAAGACAUACUUAAUAGAAAAAACAUGCCAGAAAAUUGCAUUUUUUAUAAGCACAGGACUGGUAAUUAACUCAAGUCAAAUGAGGGAUAUCAAGAGAAAAUACUAGUAUAAGAUCGCAUAACUAAGUCUACAAAAAAUUAAGAGAUAUGAACAGCCAGAUGUCCCAAAAAAUUAUAUUUGCAAAUAAGUAUUCGUUUCCAAGCUUUCAAUUAUUUUAAAGGUAAUGUGUGUACGGUUUGAUAGCCUGUCUAUGUAUAGAAUGUCUUCUGCGUACUGUUAAAUAAACAUUUAAUUUAAAAACCGUUUAAUUCAAUAAACGCUAUAUCCAAUGGCAACCUUAAUGAUGCGAGGCCCUGGGCGGAAGUAAAAUAGAGUGCCCUAAUUUCAAAAAAAUCCUUGGUAAAGGUGCUUGCACACGUCUCUGUUGCUGUUAUAGUAAAAAAAACUCAUCAUCAGGAUAUUCGAUUUAUUACCAUUUGGAGUGUUGGUUCUUUAUAAGUACAUAGAAGUAUAUACUUAAACCAAGACAUACCGAAGCAGUUACACGAUUGGUUCAUAGAUUAAUAUAUACAGUUUUACUCAAUGUUUUACCCCAGUAGAUUUAAGGAUUUAGAUACGCCUCAUUUUCAAAAAAGGAGAAAUUAUUUUGAAAUAAGUACAAAUAUUUUUUGCACUAUUAUGUAGAUACCUACUUGUGCGAAAUUGCGCUGUAUAUUUCUUUUAAUUAAGGUUUUUAAAUAAUCUAUGUUUUACGUAUGUUUUUAAUACAAUAUAAAGUUGUAUCUUGAUAAUGUACCUAUUAUUUGUAUUAAUAUUUAAUACCUAUACAUACAACAUAUAGAUAAAUUGUAAUUGAAUAUUACUCGAAUGAAAACGAGAAUUAAAUAAUAGCCAUUCUGAUCAAAAUAUAUCAAACAUUGACUCAAACAAAUCAAGACGCACAAAUUGAAUGCGAGAAUAUUUUGGUGCAUUAAAUUUCCCGAUGUCAUUUAUAAUUUUAAGCAUUAAUUUCUAUGAAUGUAGUAUUUAAUAACAGUAGAAAAAAAACGCAUUGUCCCUUCAGGCUUUUUGGCCCUCACAAUUUAUUAUUAGGUACGACUAAUUAACCCGUGGUAAGUGGGUAUACAUAGUUUUUCUAAAAUAUAACCAAAUGCUUAUGUACCUACUGCAUACAAAUACAAUAAAGCGAGUGAUCUAAAUUUAUUA